UGAGAUACGAAGGAGGGGCAGAAAAAAAGUUAAAGCAAUGGAAAAAAUAGCAGAGAAGAGAAGAAUAGUGUUGGUUCCAUUUCCAGCACAAGGGCAUAUAACUCCAAUGAUGCAACUCGGACAAGCCCUUAGCUUUAAGGGCUUCUCAAUUACAGUUGCUCAAGGAGAAUACAAUAAAGUAAGCUCUUCUCAGCACUUCCCUACCUUUCAAUUCGUCACCAUACCAGAAAGCGUACCGGUGUCUCAAAAAGAGAACCUCGGACUAGUCGAGUUUCUGAUGAAGCUCAACAAUAACAGUGAGGCAAGAUUCAAGGACUGUGUAGCUGAGUUGUUGCUAGAAAAUGGCAAUGAUUUCGCCUGUAUCAUCUAUGAUGAGCUCAUGUACUUCUCUGAAGCUGCAGCUAAGGAGUUCAAGAUCCCAAGUGUCAUAUUAAGCACUGCCAGUGCUACAAAUCAUGCUUGUGGCUGUGUUUUAAGCAAACUCAAUGCCGAGAAGUUCUUGGUUGACAUUGAAGAUCCUGAAGUUCAAGACAAGGUGGUGGAAAACUUAGAUCCAUUAAGAUACAAAAACCUACCAAUUUCAGGAAUGGGGCCACUGGAUCGUUUUUUAGAGAUAUGUAGGGAAGUAUUUAACAAAAGAACGGCUUCUGCUGUUAUCAUCAACACGGCGAGCUGUCUAGAGAGCUCAUCUCUAUCAUGGCUGAAACAAGAACUCAAUAUUCCAGUUUUUCCAUUAGGCCCUCUUCACAUUACAGCUUCAGCAAAUUCUAGUUUACUGGAAGAGGACAGAAGCUGCAUUGAAUGGCUGAACAAGCAGGUACCAAGGUCAGUCAUUUACAUAAGCUUGGGAAGCAUAGCUCACAUGGAGACCAAGGAAGUUCGGGAGAUGGCUUGGGGAUUGCGUAAUAGCAACCAGCCAUUCUUGUGGGUUAUCCGACCUGGCUCUAUAGCUGGCUCUGAGUCAUUGCCAGAGGAAGUCAGUAAGACUGUUUCAGAAAAGGGAUACAUUGUGAAAUGGGCACCGCAGAAAGAAGUACUUGGACAUCCUGCAGUGGGAGGAUUCUGGAGCCACUGCGGAUGGAACUCAACGCUAGAGAGCAUUGUGGAAGGAGUUCCAAUGAUUUGCAGGCCUUUCAAAGGGGAACAAAAGUUAAACGCAAUAUAUGUAGAAAGUGUUUGGCGAAUAGGAUUUCAGCUUCAAGGUGAAGUAGAAAGAGCAAGGGUAGAGAGAGCCGUUAAGAGGUUGAUCGUGGAUGAGGAAGUUGAAGGCAUGUGGGAGAGAGCCCUUGUUCUGAAAGAGAAGCUUAAAGCCUCUAUAAGAAGUGGAGGCUCCUCAUACAAAGCAUUGGAUGAGCUGGCCAAGUACUUUGAGACAGAGUGAGAAGCUACACUUAAUUUAUUAUUACAGAUCACUGAAUUUGUUUAGAACAAGCUUACAAAAUUUCUGAAGUACUUGGUUUUCUUAUUUAUCCAAAUAAGAAAGCAAUUCAAAUCAAAUAAGAGUCUCUUUUGGAAGUU